GUUAAUGAAUCAUGGCUGUUAAACGGACUCUUCGAAUAUUAUUUGAACUCAAGAUCAGAACGUGCGAUGGAGAUACUGGUUAAUAUCAAUGAACCCCAUCACAACUAUUUAUUUGAUCGAUUAUCAGAUUCAAUGAGAGGCUCAAAAAUAGAUACUAAAGUUCAGGCUCUCACUCUUUUUGGUUAUGUCGCUCGUAGACAGCCCACAUGGCUUUAUAAACUUCAAGAACAUUGUCUCCUGAAAGAUUUACUGAAAUUACUGAAGAAUGAAGUGGAGCUUUUACCAUUAAUAAGUGCCCUUCUUGUUUUAAUUGUAUUAUUGCCUAUGAUACCAUCUGUAAUGGGACAAUAUUUAAAAGACAUCUUUGACAUCUUCAGGUAA